CUAUUAAACUAAGGCUCACACUUCCAUUGUCACAAAGAACCAAACAAGACACAAACAAUGCCUUCUCAAACGGAAAAACCAAAGCUUGUUCUGCCUCUCAAAACCCGAGUUACGUUAUCCUUUCUCUCCGCCGUAACGGAUUUUGCGCGCCGCUGCGACGGCACCGUUAAUCGCGGUUUCAUGAAAUUCCUCGAUUACAAGACCCCAUCCAAAGCCAAAUCCGUUAACGGCGUUUCUACUAAAGACGUCACUGUUGACGCCAACAGAAACCUCUGGAUUCGCGUCUUUACUCCCAAAGGCUACUCCGGUGACGGCGUUCUUCCCGUCGUCAUUUUCUUCCACGGCGGCGGCUUCGCUUUCCUCUCGCCGGACUCCUUUGCUUAUGACGCCGUGUGCCGCCGAUUCUGCCGCCGGAUCCCUGCCGUUAUUGUCUCUGUGAACUAUCGCCACACGCCGGAGCACCGGUUCCCUUCGCAAUACGACGACGGCGAGGACGUCCUCAAGUUCCUUGCCGAGAAUCCCGCGGUGCUGCCGGAAUAUGCUGAUUUGUCAAAGUGCUUCCUCGCUGGCGACAGCGCCGGCGCGAAUUUGGCUCACCAGGUGGCGGUCCGGGUCGCCAAGUCGGGUCUCCGUGGAGUUCGGCUCGUCGGGUUGGUUUCCAUUCAGCCGUGGUUUGGCGGGGAGGAGCGUACUGCCGCGGAGGUGAAAUUUGAGGGUGCGCCGCUGGUGUCGACGUCAAGAACCGAUUGGCUGUGGAAGGCGUUUUUGCCGGAGGGAUCAGAUCGCGAUCACUGGGCGGUAAAUGUGAGCGGAGCGAAUUCGGAGGAUUUGUCGGGUCUGGAUUACCCGAAUACCCUUGUGAUUGUGGGUGGAUUUGACCCGUUACAAGAUUGGCAAAGAAGGUAUUGUGAGUGGUUGAAAAAAUCAGGGAAAAAGGCACAACUAAUUGAAUAUCCAACCAUGAUUCAUGCAUUUUAUAUUUUCCCUGAAUUGCCAGAAUCAUCUCAAUUGAUCUCACAGGUCAAAGAUUUCAUCACCAACAGAAUCUCUGAUUUGAAAUUAUCACUGUGAGUUCAAAAAUCAAAGAUUUCAUAUAACUGUUGGAGUCUACCGUUGAGGUUUUGCAAAUUUUUUUCUUUAGGCCUUAAAAAUAUUUAGUAUUUUGUAUUUCUAAAUUUUUAUCAUUAGUUUCGGGUUUAAGGUUGUGAUGAUGAUUAAGGUGUGUUGUUUAGUAGUAUAUGCUAGUUUGAAUCUUUAUAAAUGAAAAAUCAGUUUUAUUGUUGUAA